AUGGAUCCUGCGUGGAACCGGCACACUCGCCGGUCGACGCCGAAUCUUAAACACCUGGCUUUUAGUCCGCUGAUUGAAAAUAAACCAUUGUCCCUCCCUUCCUCAGAAGGCGUUUCUCACCAUGGAGAGGACGAAGAGCAAUCUGGAGGCAACAUGACCCCUCGAAGGUCAUCAUAUAUACAGGGGAAAUCUGCCCCCACAACCCCAGGCAUCUUGUCUCGCUCAAGUUCACGCGUGCGCUUGCAUCACUCUCUUCACCCUCCCGUGGGGUAUUUCCCGCCGAUCCCUAAAUCCAAAUCUUCCGCAACGCUUUUGUCAUCAACGACGGGCGGUCCCGCACCACACGGACCGAAAGCCACACGGUCAAGGAGAACAUCGACCAUAGAUACCGAACCAUCCGAAUGGUUCCUCCGCGCUGGCGCCGCCCUGACCUCUGAAGCGCGCGAAUCCAAGGGACAAAGCUGGCUCGUUUCUCGCCAGAGUAGUACAAGUCUCGUACGGGAAGGUAGCUCAUCAGAAUCCGAGGGGGAGGACGAUUACAUCAAUGAGGGCAGAAGAGGCUCAUCUCUUGACAUUGACGCAUGGAACCGCCGGCGGCGGAACUCUGCGGGAUUCUACGCUGAUGACGAAUUCUCGCCCGUCUCGACCCGCACAUCCCGUGUGGUUUCAGCUCGCAAUUCCCGACCAGGCUCGCGACAUGGCUCGCGAAUAGAUUUGUUGACUCACGGUCACUCACAACACGGCGCACAUGCACUUCGUACACCUCGGGAGCUCCGGGACAGAGAGCGAAGCGAUUACUUUGAUGAAACAGACCCGUCUCUCAUGGAGCCAGAUUUCAUCAUUGACCCAGAAGAAAAGCGCGCAGCUGAGGAUUCGGAUGGUGAAGUAGACCGCGACGUUGCGCGUCUUACGAGACAGCGGGGCUUUGGCCUAGGUGGCUGGGUUGAUCGAUUUAUUGGAUGGACUCUAUUCGAAGUGGACGACGAGGAUGCCGACGACGACGAGGGCGGCGGCGGCGGCAAUGGCAGACGCGAAAGAGAAAGAUUGGAGGAACACAUGAUCCGCAGACGCCGUAGAAAAGAGACGGAGCGAGUCGUAUUGAAGCAGCAAAUGGACGCACUAGAAGGCCUAAAUGUGCCUCAUAUUGCUGAACCGUCAACGACUACACAAGACCCUGCCACUAACAGCACUACAAACACCACCACCACCGCUGCUGCUGCUGCUGCUGCUGCUGCUGCUGCUGCUACUACCGCGACUGACACCACCGCUAUCUCCGCAACCCCAGCCGCCGACGGUCUGUCAACGGAUGCACAAACUCAGGACCACGUUGGACUUCGCGACGAAGAAGCCGGCGGCGGAUGGCAAGACGCAGCGUGGCUACUCAGUGUUGCCACAAAAAUCCUCAUUUGA